ACUAUAUGAACCUUUUGUCUUCUUUCUUUAUGAUUGAGGCUAAUAAGACAUUUGUAGAACCACGUGCCACCAAGGUAUAUUAACACUGACCUAUCCAGUCUUUAUCAAGUAAAAGUAGUCUACAAUGUAUAAAUAAUCUUGGCCUGAUAUAUUUCUAGUAAUGAAUUCUUAUUGGUAGAUGUUGAGAGAUUUUAAUGUUAUGUUAUAUAUUGUUGUGUAUAGGCGAUGUUUGAGCGCAUGAAAGCAGAAAAGGAAGAAGGCCGAGGAGGUGGAGAGAGGACGAGUGAGCAAGAUCUGAGGAAGAAACUGGAAAAGCUUAGCAAGCUCAACACAUACUCAUCUUGGUUAAAUAUACUGACGCUCAUGUCUCUAACCUGGCACUUUGUUUAUCUAGCGACAUCAUCACGUUUGAGACUUGAUGACAAUAUAUCAUCUUUAAAGGUCGUUGAAGCCUUAUAAAAUUUCCAUUCACACACACACGUGUCUAUUUGCCUUAUAAAAUUUCCAUUCACACAUACACGUGUCUAUUACAUAAAAGAUAAACUCGGAAUAUGCUGUAACACGGUAUUGAAAGGAAUUACGUGCUCAAUGAUUGAUUAUUCUUAUACAUGUAGUUUAGGGUCUUUUAUGUUCCACACCAAAUAUUAAACCUCUGAAGCAUGAAAUUUUUUUUUCUGAGCCAGCAGAAUUCAUCAUGCUGAGAGAUUCGAUGAUGAGACUACAAAGGUGAUGAGGGUCUGGAAUCACGUCUAGAUCAACUGCAACGUUGAUUAUAAGUUUGUACACAUAGCUUUGUAUACCGUUAAUGAGUGCCUUGUCAAAAAAAUAAAAAGGGAAUUAGUUAAAGAUUCCACAUAAAUAACUAAGUAGUUUUUAUUUAGAGAGGAAAUAUACUUUCUAAAAUUUUGAUCAAACUUUUUAAUAAAAAACCAAGAGAAUGCACAUGAACAUAUACAAAUGAAAUCGAAUAACAUUGAUACUCCAACAACUGUCUACUAUUUUAUCAGUAAAAACUAAUAUUUAAAAUCAAUUAAACAAAGGACAUCUGCAAUAAUACAAUUAAAUAGUAGAAAGUUGCAGGCGUAUCAAAGUUAUUCGAUUUCAUUUGUAUGUUAAUGUGCAUUCUCAUAAGGCUUUAAUUUGGCACCUAGCUUGACGUAUACAAAAAAAACAAUAGCACAAGAACCAGUAAAGUAAAAGCCAAUGGCGUUAGCCGGAGAUGAGCUCGGAAAUACUCUUCUUCCGGGAAAGCCAGCCGUGAGAUGCUCCCCUGGAGGAUGGAAGUCGGCGAGGCUCAUCAUCUUUGUAGAAAUGGCGGAGCAGUUCGCCUUUUACGGGAUAUCUUCGAACCUCAUAACGUACCUGACAGGACCAUUGGGAGAGUCAACGGCUGCAGCUGCGGUAAAUAUCAACGCCUGGAGUGGAACGGUGUCGUUUCUGCCACUUCUCUGGGGCUUCGUGGCUGACUCGUUUCUCGGACGUUUCCGUACCAUCAUCAUUGCAUCUUUACUAUAUAUCUUGGGACUUGGGUUGCUGUCUUUUUCAGCCAUGGUUCCUUCUCCGUCACAAGAUUCGAAUCAACUCCAAGUGACUCUCGUCUUCGUCUCUUUGUAUCUAAUAGCCUUAGGACAAGGCGGUUACACCCCUUGUCUUAAGGUAUUUGGAGCUGAUCAGUUCGUUGGAAAUGACCUAGAAAAGUCUAAAGCCAAGAGUUCUUUCUUUAACUGGUUGACGUUUGGAGGCUCUGUUAGCAUAUUGUUGACUCGUUUGGUCUCUAACUACAUCCAAGAGGAUUUAAGUUGGUCUUUAGGGUUUGGUAUUCCAGGUGCUUCCAUGCUACUUGCUCUGCUUCUUUUCCUCCUUGGAACAAAGUCUUACCGCUUUACUAGUGAAAGAGGAGGAAAGAAAAACCCUUUUGCUAGAAUCAAUCGUGUUUUCAUGGAAGCCAUAAAGAACAGAAGACAACGAGAUUUAGAUAUAGCUAACCCUAACGAAACCUUUCUUCUCCUGGCUCACCAAGGUUCCAAGCAAUUCAGAUUCCUUGACAGAGCAGCGAUUUCAUGUGAAUUGGCUGAAAUUGAAGAAGCAAAAGCAUUGCUUAAGCUUGUUCCCAUAUGGAUUAGUUGCUUGGUUUAUGCCGUUGUAUGUGCACAACCCUAUACAUUUUUCACAAAGCAAGGAUCCACAAUGAACAGAUCAAUCUCACCAGGACUCUUAGUGCCCGCGGCUACGCUCCAAUGCGUCAUAAGUAUAAUGAUGGUCAUUUUCAUCCCAAUAUACGACCGUCUACUCGUCCCAAUCGUAAGAUCUCUUACUCAAAACCAUUUAGGAAUCACAAUGCUUCAGAGGAUUGGCACAGGCAUCUUUCUCUCCAUUCUUGCUAUGGUGGUUGCCGCUUUGGUCGAGACCAAAAGGCUCCAAACCGCUCAAGAUGAUGUCAUGAUAAGUGUGUGGUGGUUGGCUCCACAGUAUGCCAUAGUCGGUAUCUCGUACGUGUUCACAUUGAUUGGUUUGCAUGAGUUCUUCUACGACCAAGUCCCUAGUGAGCUUAGGAGCAUUGGUAUGGCUCUAAAUUUAAGCAUAUUCGGGGUCGGCCAUUUCCUAAGCAGCUUCAUGAUAUCAGUCAUCGACAAAGUUACAAGCCAGUCUUGUCAAACGAGCUGGUUCGACAACGACCUGAACAAGGCUCAUUUAGAUUACUUCUACUGGCUACUCGCUUUUGUCAGCUCCAUUUGUUUUGCCUCAUACUUGUGGUUCGCCAAGUCGUAUGUCUACAAUAGGCCAACCACAUUCUGAAAAACAUUGUGUGUUGGUCCCUUUAACUUAGUUGGGCUUUCUUUGCAUUUCUGAUAUGCGCUUCAUAUCAAACAACUUGGCAUUGGCAUAAUAACU